CAUAAGCCGAAGAUCUCUUUGUUUACCAUGAACAUUUAUAGAAAGUUGGCUAGCUACGUUGUCUGGAAUCAGACACUGGUUUUUGUUGCGUAACAAAUGACUAGUUCGUUUGCUAUCCAUUAUAUAUUGUGUCAUGUUAGCUAUAAUUUGCAUGACUUUGUUAGCCAGGACGUUAUCUUGUAGAAAUACUUUCACUUAGAUAUAUAACGUUAUCUAACGCGAAAAGGGUUAUCGUUCAAAUAAGCAAAAUGUUCGCUUGCUAUACAGUCCGAUUUACUACUUUGUUAGCUAACAUUAACUAACUAAUGUUUUUUUUCGGCAUCUUAGCAACUGAAAUGACUAGUUAGCUAGCUAGCUCCAUGGCUAGUCGUAACUGUAUCGUUAACUAAAGCCAGCGGUGAAACUAUCAAGGAUGUCGCUCCUAACUACUGAACCGCGAGAUAUGUUGUUCUCGCUUGUCAUCUAACCGGGGACUGUUUUCUGGACUGGAUACUUUACUCGUCUCUUCUUCUAAUCUGUAAAUGAACGAAGAAGGAAAGAAAGGCCGAAAAGACAGAUUCCCAGCACCAUGCCUGGUAAGUGAAUCCGUGGCAAUGGAAGGAAAAGGGCCCUAUCAUAUCUACGAUCCAGGCGGGGGCGAGGCUAAGGCCAGAGAGGCCAGGGAGGAGGGCAGCAGCGUUGGAGGGAGCAGCUAUAGACUACUACUGGAAGAGAACAGCGUGCUCCGAGAGAGGAUGAAGGGACUCAAGAGCUUAGGAGACCUGUUGGAGGAGUCUCAGUGGGAGGCUUCUAAGUUGCGUCAGCGUGUAGAGGAGCUGGUCAGAGACAACGAGGCCCUGAAGUCUUCUACCUCCAGCUUCGCUACCAGUCUGUGUAUGGGAGGACCUGUUCAGACCGAGACACAAGGUCAGGGGAAGCUUCACCGCCAACCCAGUAACGACCAGAGACCGAGUCAGUCGUGUGUCUCAACGGAGAAGGCCCUACAUCAUGAUCAGCCCAGCGAAGGUCUGUCCGAGUUUGAAGUGGUGAAUAUGGAGCAGAAGAGCUCCGAUACCCUGACGGCUGGUGCAGGAACAGGACAGCUUCCUCGGGAGAACCAGGAGUUAACCAGUCAGCUACAGCGUCUAGAAAGUUCCUUCAGUAUCUUUGCUGAGGCGUCGAACCCCAACCAGCUCCUAGCUCACCUGGGACGCAUGGCCGUCGAGUUCCACCACCUCUCCUCCAAGGUCCAGAAGAACGAGCAGAGGACCUCCCUCCUACAGACUCUUUGUGAGCAGCUCAGACACGAGAACUACGAGCUGAGAAAGAAGAUGGAGGAAGACCUUCAGUACAGAAACGGAGACUUGGAACUGCUGAGACCAGAGAACAUGAAGCUGAAAGAUCAGGUAACGGGAGGAGGAGAGACCGCGGCAGAGAGCGAGGGGCAGCCAGAAGCCAAAGAAGACGUGGUGAAAGAGGAAACUGCCAGCGUUAGAUCCAAGAUGGAGGUCAGCACACCACAGAAGCGGAGGGGGAAUGCCACAGAGAUGGAGAAAGCCCUGGCCAAGCCCUGUGACCCAGAGGCCUACGAGAAGAAGAUCAAGCUUCUAGAGAAGCAGAGGAAAGAUGUACUGGAUGUUAACAAGCAAUGGGAUGCCCAGUGGAACUCGAUGAAGUCACAGUUUGAACAGAAGAUCACAGACCUGCGUCAGCGGCUAGCAGACUCCCAGAAGGCCGUGCAGGACUUAGAGGCGGAGCGAGAACAGAGGCAGCGGGACCACGAUAAGAAGCUGCUGCUCGCCAAGUCCAAGAUUGAGAACGUACAGGUGAGAACAGACAGAAACCUAGUACAGACCCAACCGUGUCCUCAAGACGUGUACAAACCCAACAACGUACACAACAUUUUGUGUGUGUGUGUGUGUGUCCGGUCUUCACUGCUGGGAACACGUGCAUGUGUAGACUGA